UUACAAAAUCAUGCGGAUGUUCGAGAGCAGAGAUGUUCACAGUUCGUUGGCGCUAUUUUACAGUUUCCACAAAGUUGAGUGCCUUGAUUAAGUAAUUUUCCGUUGCUUAUGGGCGUUUGGAUAACCGUUUAGGAUGAAUUUUUGUUUCUGUUUAACGAGCGAUUAAACGUGUGAUAGGAUUUUGCUUCUUCUUUUUUUUUUGCCCACCGGUAAUCCCAGAAUGGAAGCCCAAGGAAACGAAAGUGGCACUUACGAAAACGUUACCGAUUCUGAAAGAUUCGCUCUGAGGCCUCCAAAGGCAUAUCUUAUUUUCCAAGCAAUAUUCCUCUCCAUAAUCUUGGUAUCAACUAUCUUUGGUAAUGUUGCGGUGUGCUACGUGAUCUAUCGAACGCGUAGUAUCAACAGCGGGACUGGUAUGUGCAUGGCAUCCCUUACCAUUGCCGAUCUUCUUCGUGGGUGCAUCAUUCUUCCCUUUGUGAUCGAGUCAUCUGUCCUGCUCGGCGUGUGGAACCACGGACCUGAAAUUGGUGCUGUGGUUGGGUUUCUUAAUACUCUGUUUGGAAGUGCUAGUACCAUGACACUGGCUGCUAUCUCAUUGGACAGAUACAUUGCUAUUAUGAAGCCGCUCAAGUAUUCGACCAUUGUCACCUCGGUACGAACAGGAAUCAUUAUAGCUAUCAUCUGGUCGAUCUCAGUCUCGAUGGCAACCCUGCCCCUGAUCGGAUGGUCCAAGUACCGAUUCGUUCCCUGGAUCUGCCUCUGCGUUGCGGACUGGACCGGGACCAGGUCCUAUGCAUACACCUACUUGGUCCUGACCCUAUUUACACCAAUGGGCAUAUUGCUCUACAGCUACUGCAACAUUUUUCGCAUCGCAAAGCGACAGUCACGAAAGGUGGUGUCGCUGGAGAGGACUUCCUUUGAGUCACCACGUCCAGUUUUCAUGGGCAAGCCAAAAACACGGAUGCGGAGAGAUAAAAAGGCGAUCAUUAUUCUGUGUACUGUCCUUGGUGUAUUUUUCUUAUGUGUGAUUCCAUUUUGUGUCGUGUAUCUGAUAUCGUCAUAUAACGUAUCUGAUCGAAUCUUUGUCGCAUUAGGAAUCACAUCUCUCCUGUCGUUCAUCAAUUCUGCCGUCAACCCUUUAAUUUAUGGAAUUCUUAAUCGGAAAUUCCGCCGAGUGUUUGUGGAGGUUUUGCCGAACCGCCAAUGCAUGUGCAAGCGCCGAAAUUCGAUCGAACAGUCUCCCAAAUCUCAUUUCCCAGCUGAUUUUAUCUCAGAAUAUCUCGGAAAAAACACAUCAAUACCUCCAAAAAGGCAUGGUAAACUCAUACCCCGAGAGUGCUUCUCCAUUGAAACCACACACUGUCCGCGCAAAGAAUGUACAUUGCAUGAUAAUGCGUUCUCCAUGUCAUUACCAUCAAGUACCAAUCUUUACCUUAGUGCCUUUGGCGAUUCAAUCAGACAAUACCCGUUUAUUUAUAGUUACACACAGGAAGUUACUUCAACUGGAAAAACUGAUUCCUUGGCCAUUCACUAAGUUCUUGAGAAAUUUAAAGAUGAAUGAGGCAGCACUAGAUCGGGAAUUAUGAAACAGACACAUGACCAGUUUAAGACAGGCGGCUAGGUCGAUAAGUACUUUCGCUUGUAUCUUAAAGAAGGCCAACCUGGUUUUGAAGCCAUUGUGGACGGAAAUCUUGAUUUUAAAUAAAACCAUUUCGAUUACCGAUGAGCCCGAAAUGGACUCACAUUCAUUGUGAUCGUCAAAGGAAUUGUAUCAUUUAUGAUUGUGUUAAUGAAAUUAUUGUCUAGAUAAUGUCCCAACUUUUGUAUCUGUAACAUUUUGUCAUGUUUGUAUUCAUGGUAGUGUUAUGUUCCCUAUGAAGGAAGUGCUCUUGUGCAUAUAUAUGUGGAUGGAGAAUAAAGUCUUUGGUUAUCCAGAAUUC